GGGGUCACGACGCCCCAAAUUUGGGUCUGGGGGUUUUUGGGGGUCAAUUCGGGGGGUUCAGCCCCUUUGAACCCCAAAUUUUGGGUCUGGGGGAGCGGCGGUGUUUGGGGGCGUGGCCAUGUCGCGAUAGGCGGGGUCAGGGGAGGGGCGCGGUCAGGAAGGGGGCGGGGCUUUGUCGCGAGUCUCGUGACUGGGCAGAGGCCGCGCCAUGGAGCAGCUCCGCGCGUGGCGCGGCCGCAUCGGGGCCGAGCUGGACGCGGCCGUGGCGUUCUGGGAGCGGCACUCGCACGACCCCGAGCACGGGGGUUUCUUCUCCUGCCUCAGCCGUGACGGGUCCGUCUACGACGACACCAAGUUCGUGUGGCUGCAGGGCCGCCAGAUCUGGGUCUAUUCCCGCCUGUACCGCACCGUGCCCCGGUUCCGCCGGCCCGAGCUGCUGCGGGCGGCGCGGGAAGCCGGGGAGUUCCUGCAGCGCCACGUGCGGCCGGGGCCGGGCUCGUCCCGCGCCGCCUUCGCGCUGAGCCGGGACGGGCGAACGCAGCGGCUGCAGCGCAGCUUCUACAGCGAAGCGUUCUGCGCGCUGGGGCUGGACGAGCUGGGCAGGGCGGCGGGGGAGGCCAAGUACAGGAGACCCCGACCCAAAUUAACACUGAGACCCCGACCCAAAUUAAAUACUAACAACGGGACCCCUCCCCACAUUAACGUUCUGCGCCAUGGGGCUGGACGAGCUGGGCAGGGCGGCGGGGGACGAGAAGUACAGGGUGAGACCCCUCCCCAAAUUAACUGACAUCACUGAGACCCCUCCUCAAAUUAACACAGAGACCCCCACCCAAAUUAACACUGAGAGACCCCCACCCAAAUUAACGGGACCCCUCCCCACAUUAACAUUCUGCGCCAUGGGGCUGGACGAGCCGGGCAGGGCGGCGGGGGAACCCAAAUACAGAGUGAGAGA